CCUCCCGCCUCCCGUCCCCGCCCGGCCGGCCUCGCUCUCUUUCCCUCUGGCAGCAAUGGCGGCGGCGGCGGCGGAGCAGGAGCAGCAGCAGUUCUACCUUCUCCUGGGCAACCUGCUCAGCCCAGACAAUGCGGUCCGCAAGCAGGCCGAGGAGACAUAUGAGAAUAUCCCAGGUCAAUCUAAGAUCACAUUUCUCCUACAAGCAAUCAGGAAUACUGCUGCUGCUGAAGAGGCUCGACAAAUGGCAGCUGUCCUUCUACGGCGUCUUUUGUCUUCUGCUUUUGAAGAAGUUUAUCCAACUCUUUCUCCUGAUGAUCAGACCUCUAUCAAAAGUGGAUUGCUGUUGAUUAUUCAGUUGGAAACACAGUCCAGUAUGAGGAAAAAAAUAUGCGACAUCGUUGCUGAGUUGGCCAGGAACUUAAUAGAUGAAGAUGGCAACAAUCAGUGGCCAGAAGUUCUGAAAUUCUUAUUUGACUCAGUCAGCUCUCAGAACGUGGGAUUGCGUGAGGCUGCCCUACAUAUUUUCUGGAAUUUUCCUGGGAUUUUUGGGAAUCAGCAGCAACACUAUUUAGACGUCAUUAAGAGAAUGCUGGUUCAGUGUAUGCAAGAUCAAGAGCAUCCAUCAAUCAAGACUCUGUCUGCUAGAGCUGCAGCUGCAUUUGUACUUGCUAAUGAGCACAAUCUACCCCUUCUUAAGCAUUUUGCGGACUUGCUACCUGGAAUCUUGCAGGCUGUAAAUGAUUCCUGCUACCAAAACGAUGACUCUGUCCUGAAAUCCCUUGUAGAAAUCGCAGAUUCUGUUCCCAAGUAUUUACGACCACAUUUAGAACCUACAUUGCAACUAAGUCUGAAGUUAUGUGCAGAUACCAGUCUCAGUAACAUGCAGCGUCAGUUGGCGCUUGAAGUAAUUGUGACCUUGUCGGAAACUGCUGCCGCUAUGCUAAGAAGGCAUACAAACAUUGUUGCACAAGCCAUUCCUCAAAUGUUAACAAUGAUGGUUGACUUGGAAGAAGAUGAAGACUGGGCAAAUGCAGAUGAGCUUGAAGAUGAUGAUUUUGACAGCAAUGCAGUUGCUGGCGAGAGUGCACUGGACAGGAUGGCGUGUGGUCUUGGAGGAAAACUUGUUUUACCUAUGAUUAAAGAACAUAUUAUGCAAAUGCUUCAGAAUCCUGACUGGAAGUACAGACAUGCUGGCUUGAUGGCACUCUCAGCCAUCGGAGAAGGUUGCCACCAACAGAUGGAGGGAAUUUUAAAUGAGAUAGUUAAUUUUGUUUUGUUAUUCCUUCAGGAUCCUCAUCCAAGAGUAAGAUACGCUGCUUGUAAUGCUAUCGGACAAAUGGCAACUGACUUCGCACCUGGUUUUCAAAAGAAAUUUCAUGAGAAGGUUAUAGCAGCUCUCCUGCAAACCAUGGAGGAUCAAGGCAACCAGCGUGUUCAAGCCCAUGCAGCUGCAGCACUCAUAAACUUCACUGAAGAUUGUCCCAAGUCACUGCUUAUUCCGUAUUUGGAUAAUCUAGUGAAACAUCUUCAUUCCACUAUGGUGAUAAAAUUACAAGAGUUGAUACAGAAAGGCACUAAGCUAGUUUUGGAGCAAGUUGUGACUUCAAUUGCAUCAGUUGCAGAUACAGCAGAGGAGAAGUUUGUUCCCUACUAUGACUUAUUUAUGCCUUCUUUAAAACACAUUGUUGAGAAUGCUGUUCAGAAGGAAUUAAGACUUUUACGAGGAAAGACUAUUGAAUGCAUCAGCCUAAUUGGUCUUGCUGUUGGUAAAGAAAAGUUUAUGCAGGAUGCAUCAGAUGUCAUGCAGCUGUUAUUGAAGACACAAACAGACUUCAGUGAUCUAGAAGAUGAUGAUCCACAGAUUUCUUACAUGAUCUCAGCGUGGGCCAGAAUGUGUAAAAUUCUUGGAAAGGAAUUUCAGCAGUACCUUCCUGUUGUCAUGGGACCUUUAAUGAAGACUGCAUCUAUUAAACCUGAAGUAGCUCUUUUAGACACACAAGAUAUGGAAAAUAUGAGUGAUGAUGAUGGUUGGGAAUUUGUAAACCUUGGAGAUCAGCAAAGUUUUGGAAUUAAGACUGCAGGCCUUGAAGAAAAAGCAACUGCAUGCCAGAUGCUGGUUUGCUAUGCAAAAGAGCUAAAAGAAGGAUUUGUGGAGUAUACAGAGCAAGUUGUAAAGCUGAUGGUUCCCUUGUUGAAGUUCUAUUUCCAUGAUGGUGUUCGAGUGGCAGCAGCGGAGUCAAUGCCCCUGCUUCUUGAAUGUGCUAGAGUUCGUGGGCCGGAGUACCUGACACAGAUGUGGCACUUCAUGUGCGAUGCGCUCAUCAAAGCCAUCGGGACAGAACCAGAUUCAGAUGUUCUCUCAGAAAUAAUGCAUUCUUUUGCAAAGUGCAUUGAGGUAAUGGGAGAUGGAUGCCUUAACAAUGAACACUUUGAAGAACUUGGAGGAAUAUUGAAAGGAAAACUGGAAGAGCACUUUAAAAAUCAAGAAUUAAGACAAGUGAAAAGACAGGAUGAAGACUACGAUGAACAAGUUGAAGAGUCAUUACAAGAUGAAGAUGACAGUGACGUUUAUAUUUUGACUAAAGUGUCAGACAUUUUGCACUCAAUAUUCAGCAGUUACAAGGAGAAGGUACUGCCAUGGUUUGAAAGGCUACUUCCACUAAUUGUCAACUUAAUUUGUUCACACAGGCCAUGGCCAGACAGGCAGUGGGGACUAUGCAUAUUUGAUGAUAUCGUAGAGCACUGCAGCCCUUCUUCGUUCAAGUAUGCUGAAUGCUUCCUGAGGCCAAUGCUGCAGUCAAUAUGUGACAACAGCCCAGAGGUGAGGCAGGCAGCUGCCUACGGUGUGGGAGUUAUGGCACAGUUUGGUGGGGACAGCUAUCGUCCUUAUUGCACAGAGGCGCUUCCAUUACUGGUGAGAGUCAUUCAAUCACAAGAUGCCAAAACCAAAGAGAAUGUCAAUGCAACAGAGAACUGCAUUUCAGCUGUAGGAAAGAUAAUGAAGUUCAAGCCUGACUGUAUUAAUGUUGAAGAAGUCCUGCCACACUGGUUAUCAUGGCUUCCACUUCAUGAAGAUAAAGAAGAAGCUGUUCAUACUUUCAAUUACCUGUGUGACUUAAUUGAGAGCAACAACCCAGUUGUCCUUGGUCCCAACAACUCGAACCUUCCCAGAAUAUUUGGUAUCAUUGCGGAUGGUGAAAUUCAUGAAGCUAUUAAACAUGAAGAUCCAUGUACCAAGCGGUUGGCUAAUGUUGUUCGCCAAGUGCAGACAUCUGGAGGACUGUGGAGAGAAUGCAUAUCACAGCUCAAUGCAGAUCAACAGGCAGCCAUACAGGAGCUCCUGAACUCUGCUUGAAGGGCCUUAAUUAUCAUCUGCAAGAAAACUAACUCCAAAUAAAAGUUUACCCUAUUGUUUA